AAUUUGGAUGAAGAUGGCAAAUUCUCGGAUUAUAUUGAAUUCACGACAGUUCUCGGUCGAAUACGUCAAUAUCGUGAUCAAAAAGAGGCGAAUGUGGAAGGCGCCAUUUAUUUAUUCAAAUUAUUACCCGAGAAAUAUGCUAGGUAA